UUCUCUUGCCUCGCUGUGCCCCCUUGAAUCCGAAGGCGCCUCGCGAUUGGGUGCUGGGGCCGGGUACGUCAGUCAGACUGUGACGUGCAGUCUUCCUGUUUCCUUCAGCUGUGUCUUAAAGUAAAUCUUGUUGUGGAGCGGAGCCCUCAGCCGAGGGAGCGCUCGGAAAUCAUUCACCAUUGCAGCCGGGGAGAGCGAGCGGCGCACGAGAGCUCUGGCCCCGAGCGCCCGCGCCCGCUCCGCUCCGCUCCCGUGCCCCGCUCCGCGCCCCUGCGCGCCUCCCUCCUGCGCUCCCCUCGCCUCCGCUCCUCCGCCGCUCUCCGCUCCGCUCUUCUCCUCCUCGCCUCGCCUCAGCCGUCCUCUCCCUUCCCCGCCCUCGCCCCGCUCGCUCGCUGUCGCACAGACUCACCGUCCCUGGUCCAAUUACCACAUUCAUCACCCGCAAGACACCACCGCGUGCGCGCGCGUGGGCUCCUCUCCGCCGGCGCCGAGGGGGAGACAGGCUCCGUCCCACCGCUCUCCGCACGGCGAGAAAAUGGUGUUGUUUCAAUGAAUCAUAAUAAAAUAGCCUCUAGACAGUUUGUAAGCAGGAGCCUCAGUGGAACUCCGCGCCCCGCUCCUCCCAGCCCCCGAGAGGUCCCGGGAUUCUUGAGCUGUGCCCAGCUGACGAGCUUUUGAAGAUGGCACAAUAACCGCCCAGUGAUGCCUGACCAUGACAGCACAGCCCUCUUAAGCCGGCAAACCAAGAGGAGAAGAGUUGACAUUGGAGUGAAAAGGACGGUAGGGACAGCAUCUGCAUUUUUUGCUAAGGCAAGAGCCACGUUUUUUAGUGCCAUGAAUCCCCAAGGUUCCGAGCAGGAUGUUGAGUACUCCGUGGUGCAGCAUGCAGAUGGAGAGAAGUCAAACGUCCUCCGUAAGCUGCUGAAGAGGGCGAACUCGUAUGAAGAUGCCAUGAUGCCUUUUCCAGGAGCAACCAUCAUUUCCCAGCUGUUGAAAAAUAACAUGAACAAAAAUGGUGGCACGGAGCCCAGUUUCCAAGCCAGCGGCCUCUCUAGUACAGGCUCCGAGGUACACCAGGAGGAUAUAUGCAGCAACUCUUCGAGAGACAGUCCCCCAGAGUGUCUUUCCCCUUUUGGCAGGCCUACUAUGAGCCAGUUUGAUAUGGAUCGCUUAUGUGACGAGCACCUGAGAGCAAAGCGCGCCCGGGUGGAGAAUAUCAUUCGGGGAAUGAGCCAUUCCCCCAGUGUGGCAUUAAGGGGCAAUGAAAAUGAAAGAGAGAUGGCCCCGCAGUCUGUGAGUCCCCGAGAAAGUUACAGAGAAAACAAACGCAAGCAGAAGCUGCCCCAGCAGCAGCAACAGAGUUUCCAGCAGCUGGUUUCAGCCCGAAAAGAACAGAAGCGAGAGGAACGCCGACAGCUGAAACAGCAGCUGGAAGACAUGCAGAAGCAGCUGCGCCAGCUGCAGGAGAAGUUCUACCAGAUCUACGACAGCACUGACUCUGAAAAUGAUGAAGACGGUAACCUGUCCGAAGACAGCAUGCGCUCGGAGAUCCUGGAGGCCAGGGCCCAGGACUCGGUCGGGAGGUCAGACAAUGAGAUGUGCGAGCUAGACCCCGGCCAGUUCAUCGACCGAGCCCGGGCCCUGAUCAGAGAGCAGGAAAUGGCGGAAAACAAGCCCAAGCGGGAAACCAACAACAAAGAAAGAGACCACGGGCCAAACUCCUUACAGCCCGAAGGCAAACAUUUGGCCGAGACCUUGAAACAGGAACUGAACACUGCCAUGUCGCAAGUGGUGGACACUGUGGUCAAAGUCUUUUCGGCCAAACCCUCCCGCCAGGUUCCUCAGGUCUUCCCACCUCUCCAGAUCCCCCAGGCCAGAUUUGCAGUCAAUGGGGAGAACCACAAUUUCCACACCGCCAACCAGCGCCUGCAGUGCUUUGGCGACGUCAUCAUUCCGAACCCCCUGGACACCUUUGGCAACGUGCAGAUGCCCAGUGCCACAGACCAGACGGAGGCACUGCCCCUGGUUGUCCGCAAAAACUCAUCCGACCAGUCUGCCUCGGGCCCGGCCGCCGGCGGCCACCACCAGCCCCUGCACCAGUCGCCUCUCUCGGCCACUGCAGGCUUCACCACAUCCACCUUCCGCCACCCCUUCCCCCUCCCCUUGAUGGCCUACCCAUUUCAAAGUCCACUAGGUGCUCCCUCGGGCUCCUUCUCGGGAAAAGACAGAGCCUCUCCUGAAUCCUUAGACUUAACUAGGGACACCACGAGUCUGAGGACCAAGAUGUCAUCCCACCACCUGAGCCACCACCCUUGCUCACCAGCACACCCACCCAGCAGCGCCGAAGGGCUCUCCUUGUCACUCAUCAAGUCCGAGUGUGGCGAUCUUCAAGACAUGUCCGAAAUCUCACCUUACUCGGGAAGUGCAAUGCAGGAGGGAUUGUCACCCAAUCACUUGAAAAAAGCAAAGCUCAUGUUCUUUUAUACCCGUUAUCCCAGUUCCAAUAUGCUGAAGACCUACUUCUCCGAUGUAAAGUUCAACAGAUGCAUUACCUCUCAGCUCAUCAAGUGGUUUAGCAAUUUCCGUGAGUUUUACUACAUUCAGAUGGAGAAGUACGCACGUCAAGCCAUCAACGAUGGGGUCACCAGUACUGAAGAGCUGUCUAUAACCAGAGACUGUGAGCUGUACAGGGCUCUGAACAUGCACUACAAUAAAGCAAAUGACUUUGAGCAGGUUCCAGAGAGAUUCCUGGAAGUUGCGCAGAUCACAUUACGGGAGUUUUUCAAUGCCAUUAUCGCAGGCAAAGAUGUUGAUCCUUCCUGGAAGAAGGCCAUAUACAAGGUCAUCUGCAAGCUGGAUAGUGAAGUCCCUGAGAUUUUCAAAUCCCCGAACUGCCUACAAGAGCUGCUUCAUGAGUAGAAAUUUCAACAACUCUUUCUGAAUGUAUGAAUAGUAGCAGUCCCCUUUGGAUGUCCGAGUUCUAUGUGUCUAGAUUUUGAUUUCUGUGUGUAUGGGAGGCAUGGAUAUGUUAUGAAAUCAGCUGGUAAUUCUUCCUUAUCAUCCUUUCUCUCAUUUCCUUUUGUUUUCCAUUGUAAGGGGAUGGUUAUUUUCCUUCCGCCUUUAGUUUACUUUUACCCAAGGCCCUUAACAUUUGGAGACUUAAAAUAGGGUUAAUUUUCAGGGAAAAGGAAUGUUGGCAUGUGUAAAGUCGAUAUUAGCAAGGAGGGACGACUGUUAAUGGUGCACCUGCUGAAUAGACGGCUCAUUGCGAAUGGUGGUCUGCUGAGGGAAGCCUGUGACACAGCACAACUGUACAGAUAGUGAUGUGUCUCUUGUUUCUACUGCUAACGAGGUCUAAAAACUCAAUGAACCCACUUCAUACACUUAAAUCUUUUGUUUGGUUUUAAACUCAGUAAGCAGCUUUUUCUUAUGUAUUUAGAGCUCAUGCCAGUGACAAAUGAGCAGCUCACUUUUCCAAAGUACCCCACGAUGCCAAAAGAAAAAAGAAAAAAAAUCCCUAACUGUCAAGCCUUUCCUAAGAGGAAUGGCAGACACCCCAACUUAGUACCAUUUUCUUAUGGAAGCAAAGCAGUUUUGCACAAAACUGACUCUGUAGAGGAGACUGGAAAUUCAUAUGUGGUUUUCCAGUGACCGCUCUAAAUUUCACAGAUUCUUCUUCAUAAUGAGUGAGCUUAUAUCAUUCUUCCUGGAGGAAAAAACUCUAUAACUUGGUAUCACUUACUAUUUAUUUUGCAUCAGAUAUUAAAAGGCAAAUAAGUUUAAAAACUUGCUCUUUGCUCAACUGUGUUUAUAUACUUCAAAGAAAUCUUAUUUCUGUUUCAUAGUACUUUUUUCCCCUAAAGCACCAUUUUCUAAAUAUCUUUCUACAGUAAGGGAAAAAGGAAAUUCCAACAUGACCAUAAACUUCCUGCCUACGCUAGAAAUUUAUCGAUAGCUGUUAGCUGAUAUGGUCUUCACCUCUGAAGAGCUCCUAGGCCAGUGCCCUGUUCUCAUUUGCAAUCCCACUGCACUCUCCUGUGUAUGCAAAGUGGUGGCAGACAGUCUAAUUCCAUGUUUCCUCAUUUUAGGUAUAACACUGAAAAGCAAUUGCUAAUGCCUCUUCUACUCCAGAAGCGAGCAUUGACCAAAAUGUGAGAAGACUGAAUAGCAUAGGAAAGUGUGGGGUUCACCCAAAAGACACAAUUUCUGCACACACAAGAAGGCUAGCUGCUAUUUUAUGCUUUCUUCAAUGGUUCUCCUCUUUUUCCUUUCUUUCCUAGUUUUUUCCAAUGAUGUACAAUGUUGGAUUCUUGCAUUUAAAGAUUUGUCUGGCAUCCACGCUUGUUUUCUUAGAAGGAUGUUUGUGUGCAGAUGCAGUAAGAAUUCAUUGUUCAUUCUCACAGUGUUUUCCAGGUCCCUUUUGACCCCUAGGUAAUUUGAUAUACACCUUCUCAAACGACAUGGUAACAAAUCUGGUAUUUAAAACAGAUAGAACAUAAAUACCAUUCUCCCUUAAUUUUUUAUAAAAUUACAUUUGACUUUGGAGAAUGCAAGUUGACCCAUGUGACUGACUAGCUAACCCGAUUGCUGUAAUUUCACAUCAUUUAUAAAUUCUGCUGAUGGACGGGAAUGUAUGAACAUAAUUAUUGUCAGCACAACGCCUUAAAACCUGCUGACUUUAAAUGAAACUGUUGCCCUACAUUGCCCAGGAGUCCAGCAGGCCCUCGCAGUGUGGACAGAACACACAGCCAUGUGGGCUGGUGUGUCAAAUGCUGCACUCUGCCCCUGUGGCCACACACACCCCAGCCCCAGGCUCCUUCACAGGGGCCACAGAUCCAGUUUGGGAAUUUUCUGACUGGCUUAAAAAAAAAAAAAAAAAAACAAGUUUAGAUCAUCCUUAUGUUGGAGCAAAAUGCAAAAAAAAAAAAAAAAGUCCAGUCAGCACAAAGUCGGGAGGGAAUCGCAAUCCUGCUCACUCUUUUGACUUGCUUCCUUGGGAAGACUAUGACAUUCACUGUUCACAUCAGCACACCACUGGGUCUUUGCUGUUUCGUGUAAUUCAUAUCGACCUUUUGUUGCCCUUUGCAAGGCUAAAGGCCAAGCUGUAGUGUAUUCACCUAUGUAGACAGAUUGCUAGGUCCCUUCUUGAUCAGCGGCAAGUUCAUUAUUGAUUCCAAACUUAUUUGGACUUUUAGUAUUACUUUCCCCUGCCUUUCUCAUUCAGAUAGACAAAUUAAGCAGAAGUAUGCAUUCACAACUCAAUGUUGAUGCACUUACCUACUGAGAAUAUCCUCUCAAUGUUCACUGAGGCAUAGAAAUUAUUCCAAAGUGGAAAUUGCAGCAUAAGGACAAACUUACCUCUUGGUCCUGAAAAUACAGCUCGAUCACUUUGCUAUCAGGUUUUUCCCCUUUUACAAGUCACAAAUUCUUGUGCCUCCCAGUGCAUUGGAAUGUGACCAAAGCCUGUCUUUCAAAAUGCCUAUUUAACAGGUUCCAAAAAAAAAACCACCCAGAUUUCAAAUUUUAGCUCCAACUCUCACCACGUGAAAAUUGGCUUCUUGGGAGAAAGGUAACUUUCUAUGGUGGGAGGGUGAAGGACGAGGGAGUUUACAUAGGGAAAAAAAGUCUAAAGUCCAUGUUGAAAUACCACAUUACCACUUAUUUUCUGCUAACCCUGAAUUAUUUUUUUGCAUAUACACUUGAGGUUAUAGUCUGUGCCUACACCUAACAGCACCAGCGGGAGGAUUUUUAAAAAUCCUUCAAAAUACCAGUUUUUUCCCACAAGUACAAUUGUUCUUGUGCCUUCUGUGGCUUUUGGUUUCAUGUUUUUGACUUUAUUUCCAAUUACUACAGCUGCAAUAAACACUAGACUUUUUUUUUUUUCUGGCUGUUUGACAUAAUGUUGAUAGCUAUGCAUAUUUUGUGUCUUUUUAAAACAAAGCAGGAGAAUACGUUUUUGAAGAAGAGACUUUUUAGAACAGUUUGAUACCGCAAAUUAUUUUUUCCUCAAUUGUUUGAGCAGCAUUCGAGUUUUGAAAAUUCUUGUAGAAGCCAAUUUUUUGUAACUGUGGUGCAAAUCUUGUGUUUUCUUAGCCUAAUGAAAAGUAGUAUAGAAGCAAUAUUUCAUACCAUGUGCUAUGUAUGUGUGUGCAGGUGUGUAAACAUAAAAACACAGACACACAUAUACACACAUGUAAAAAUAUACAUAUAUAUGCGUGUGAAGUGGAAAGCUUACCUUUUCCUAUCUAGAUUUAAGAACCUAUUUUAGACAUUUGUUAUGUUUUGUGAAAAGAAUGUUCUAUUUGCAACAACAAACAUUUAAUUCUUACUGUAUCUCUGGCUGUUUAAUGAGGACGUUUCACAUUAAAAGGUAAAACACAUGGAAGAUGUUAGAAUGCAGUAAUUAUCGAAGUAAAUGUUCACCCACAUAAUCCUGACGUUUGCUUUGUGCCUCCGAGUAUUAUUUAAUUCAAGUGUUUUAUGUUUGCGGAAUCUUUGUUACUGUACUAGGGAUGUGGGUGAAUAUCAUUUCAAAAAAAAAAACACUUAAAACAACAACAACAACAAAAAAGUAAAACAGAAACACUAAAGCAAGAGGGGAACUUUUAUAAAGCAAUGUAAAUAUUUAACCUCAUGGCUGUUGUUACGUAAGACAUGAGAUUUCAAUAAAUAACUACAUUCUCACAACAUCUGUUGAAUUUAUUAGGAACACUACAGUGACCGUAUAGACAGUUGAAAGCAUUCUUGAAAAUCCUGCUCUCUCCUUUUAAAAGAUAACAGUUUCUUUUAUCAGAUGUCAAGGGCAAGGGUAAUGCAGUUUCUGUAAAUUUAUGAAAUUUCUUUUCUAUGUACAUGAAGACAUUUAGUAAGUAACCCCCACCCCUUCACACCACACACACACACACACACAUGUUAAUGUUAAGUCAUAGAGCUAAAGACUUGGGGACUUUAAAAAUAAGCUAUCCCCGGAAGCAAUCAUCAAUUCAUCAAGGAAGACAUGGUUUACAGACUCCCCUGGAAGAGGCAGUGCCCAGAAAGGACAGUGCAACAUCUCUUUGCCAUGUAUAUUAUAGAGUAUUCAUUGGUGUGAAUAGUACAAAUGUUUCCUUCUGGUACAAGCUCUGUGUUUGCAAAUUACAAGAAAGCAUUGUUUUCAAAAAGCUCCCCUGAAAAAAAUGUAACUGGUUUCUAUGAGGAAGCAGUUCCUGUAUUGCACUUAAAUGUUAUGUUGAAGGAAAUGCAGUUUUGUUUUCUGUAGAUCUGUUGGUUGUAAACCAUCUAUAAAAUGCUCAUUUUCAGAGCUGGGAUCAAAACUGGUAUUUAACCUUUGUAUCUUCUUAUAAUUCUCCUUCCAAGAAUAUAACAGAAUGUGGAAGCAUCUGGACUUGGAGUCCUUUCUACUGAGCCCUCUCAAAUCCGACACCCCCUAAAAGGCACAAGCAUAGCAGAAAAGGCUGACAGGCUGGCCUUUUGUGAAAAUGUAUACAUUCUGUAUUUUUUAAAUAUUCAAUUCCUCCACAGAGGGGGAGAAAGCAUUUUAAAAUUGUAUAUUAUCACUUCAAAUUUAGGACUAGAAAUACAAGUAUUUGGGGCUGGUCUCAGCACUACCUAGGAGAAUCAAAGGUCGUGGCUUCCCCCAAUAUUGUCCCAGCCAUUUCUCAUAUGUAUAUAGUAUAAACCGUGAUAAAACACUGCCUUUAUAUUAUUUAGCAAUAUGUUGUAAAUAGCAUUAUGAAGCUCUUUUUUUGUAAUAAAGACCCUUUGAUUUGAAUAUAGUACAAUAACUGAACUGAUAAAGUCAAUUUUUGAUUUUUUUUUAGCUAGAGGCAAUUUCAAUUGUGGAUUUUUGUUGUUGUCUAUUGUUCUGAAGACUUUGCAUAAUUUAUUGGUUUAAUUUAUCCUAAUUUAUUUGAUGAAGGUGUACAAUUUUGUAUUACCAAGGAUGUACUGUAAUAUUAAUUGAUAUGAUAAAAAAUGAGACUCCCUGUCCAUAUUAAAAAGAAAAUAAAAAGGUGCAGUAGACAAUUGAUUUUAAAGUAAAAGUAAACAAUUUAGUUUGGCAGCUACUAAAUUUUAGAACAAGAAAAAAAAAAGGUUGUUGUGGGGAGGGCGGGAAGGGGUUUUACUUUGUGUGUUUUAAGCUUUUGUAUACUCUCCAAACUUUGACCUUUUGCUUUGUACCACUUAAAGGAUACAGUAGUCCAAUUGCCUUGUGUGCCUUCCAUCUUCUCUUAAACUGAAUGUAUGUGCAGUAUAUAUGCAAGCUUGUGCAAAAUAAAAUAUACAUUACAAGCUCA